AUGGCGAGACCUCAGCACGGCCUCGGCUCUGAACUGCUAUGCGCGCUGACCUCGGGCGACGAGGCCCGCGUGGAGGAGCUCUUGACCGGACAAGGCGAUGGACACUCGCGAGCGGACGGCCUAGUGACGAUAAGCGUCCAGGUUGACGCGACGACGACUGGAGCAGCGGCGCCAGCGCCGCCGCCACGGCAGGGGGAGGGAUCAAGCGGCCUUCUCGGCUUGACGAGCGGCGGGAGCACGGCGCUCCACGUGGUCGCGAGCCGCGGGCACGCGGGGCUCGCGAGGCGCGUCUGCGAGCUAGCGCCCUCGCUCGUCGCCACGCGCGACGGGUGCCUCGACACGCCGCUGCACCGCGCGGCGAAGGCCGGGCACAAGGAGGUGGCGGCCUGCCUCCUGUCGGCGAUGCGCGCCGGCGGAGCGGACGCGGACGCGGCGUUGCGGGCGAGGAACAGGCUGGGCGCCACCGCGCUGUACGAGGCCGUCCGGAACGGCCACGCCGAGACAGUGGACCUGUUGGCGACAGAGGCGCCCGAGCUGGCCGCGGUGACGUCGGACGACGGCGUCUCGCCACUGUAUCUGGCGGCGAUGACCGGGUCCGCUGAAAUGGUCCGUGCGCUGCUGCGUCGGUCGCCUGACGGCACGCCGUCGCGGGCAUCGUCCGCCGGGCCGGAGGGACGGACUGCUCUGCAUGCCGCGGCAGCCAAAAGCAAAGAAAUCGUUCAAGAAAUCCUGGAAUGGAAGCAGGGUCCGGCAUUGCUAAGCAAAGCUGAUUCGUUCGGGAAAACUCCUCUCCACUACGCGGUGUCACACCGACAACACGACGUCAUCUCGCUACUCCUACAUGCUGAAGCUUCGCUAGCGCAUGUAUCCGACAACGAAGGCUUGUUCCCAUUACAUGUCGCCGCCAUGAUGGGUAACAUUAGGGACGUUGUUGAGCUUGUAGAGAGAUGUCCUGACUAUGCAGAAUUAGUAGAUUGCCGAGGAAGGAAUUUUCUGCAUUGCGCCAUUGAACAUGGUCGGAAAAAUGUGGUUCGAUUCAUUUGCCGAAAUGACAGGUUCGCUGUCCUGCUGAACUCCAUGGAUUAUGAAGGAAAUACCCCGCUCCAUUUAGCCGUCAAGUAUGGCCAUCCAAGGAUGGUCAGUUCACUGCUGCAGACCAUCGGUGUCGAGAUAGGCAUUACCAACAGGGAUGGUCUAACUGCUGCAGAUCUUGCUUACAGUCACCUGGAGCCUGGUUUGCAGUAUUUUUUGAAUCCUCGAGUGGUAGUGAAGAAAUGUUUCUACUGGAUAAGAGCACCUGUCACCCUCGGAGCAGGAGGGGAUCAUGUUCACCUGCACAGCAGGAUGAGUAACACCGCUCCGGCUACGGACGAGGACCCAAAGGACAUCAAUGGCAUCACGGCGACCACGACAAUCGCGUCCGUGCUCAUCGCCACCGUCACCUUCGCGGCCGCCUUCACCGUGCCGGGGGGCUAUGUCGCGGACGACCACCCGCGCGCUGGCACGGCGGUGCUGGCCAGGCGGUUCGCGUUCCGGGCGUUCGUGGCGUCGGACGCCAUGGCGUUCCUCUGCUCCAUCGUGGCCACCUGCUUCCUCGUCUACGGGGGCGCGGUGCAGGUCCCUCGGGGCCAGCGCCUCUUGUACCAGCGGUCGGCGUCGGUGUUCCUGCCGCCCGCCGCGCAGCUCAUGGUCGCUGCGUUCGCGUUCGGGAUCCACGCCGUCCUCGGCGAGGCCAACCGGUGGCUGGUGACCCUGGUCUACGUGCUCGCUCUGGGCGCGGUGCUGCUCUGCUUCCCGGGCAUCUGGGCUCGCUUCUACCUUGGGAAAGCAAUCUGGCGGCGAGCCGGGUGGAGAGGGCUCGUCAACGUACACCGGCAUCCCGAGAGUUUGCACGAGUUCUUCUGGCUUUUCAUCACGAGCUUCCUGUUCAAAAAUCUCGUGCGGUCGUUGUUCGCCGUGCUCAUCUCGGUCGCAUUUGUUGUCUCCAUCGCACUGAGCAUCGCUUUGCCGGAAUACUGAGUUGAAAAUUUGGAAUCUUAUCCCUGCUUUCGUACAAGUAAUGUUUGAUGUGCAUAAGCACGACUUGUUACCUUUAAAUGUCGGGACUUGCCCAACAUUAGUUGUGCAGCAAGGU